CCACUGAAGACCACCAUGCACGACUACUAUACCGGAAAGUACCUUGUAUUUUUUUGUUCUUUUUUGAGCGAUCAUUCCAGGGGUGGUGUUGACACAUCAUGACGUUGUAUUUGAAAGUGAUAGGGUCCAAUAGCGGGGCCGAACAAAGGAUCGGUGGAAAGCCAAGUUUGUAUUUACACUCGGUACUUACUCGAUAGUAGCGAGACAACAGCAGGGCAUUAGUGGGGCAUAGAGGGUUAGCUGGCGGUGCAUCAGACGAGACGAUCACGCUGAGAUCUUUGACGGGAGCACCGCUCAACUUACUCGACUGUACCAGGAUCUCCAAAGGCAGUGGGGUGAGCGAUUUCCUGUCGGUCAGAAAUGGAUUAUAUCGACAUGGAUGACGUUCCGGCGGCCAGAUCUGGCCAUCGUUCCAAAUCAAAGCAUACGUGCAGUACCAGACGACAGGAGCCCCUCCCAACACCGAAGAUUAUGAAAUGGUUGCAGUCCAACUACGAGCUUGCAGACGGCGUUUGUAUCCCGCGAAACACGCUCUACGUCCACUACACAAGCUUCUGCGAGAAGACUAAUACUCGUGCUAUGAACGCUGCUAGCUUUGGCAAGAUGAUAAGACAAAAGUUCCCUCAGUUGACGACGAGGCGUCUGGGAACCAGAGGACAAUCAAAGUAUCAUUAUUACGGAAUCGCAGUUAAGGAAGCUUCCGAAUACUAUGAGGAAAGUUACUCAAGUAAAGCUGCUGAAAGCACUUCUCACGAGGUGAGUAAAAGAGAGCACCCCAGUAGACAGACGGUGGCGUACUCACCCCGGUCCAAGUUGGGCACACUUCUCCCGGCAUUCCCUGACAUCAAGGACCUUCAGUUGCCUAGCAACAUUUCAGAGGGGAAGGUAUCAACAUUUCUCAUGAUGUACCGCACCCACUGCCAGCGAAUUCUGGACACGGUAAUCCGGGCCAGCUUUGAUGAGGUCGAAACCUACCUCCUCCAUUUCUGGCAAGGGAUGCCGCCCCAUAUGCUCGGGGUGUUAGACUCCACUACAGUCGCCGAUAUCGUCGGGCUGUGCGACUCUAUUUUGUACAAGGCCAUUGCAGGAGUUCUCAUGCCGUCUGUUACGCAGACCAUCCCAGACAGCCUGACCCAAGUCAUCGGGACAUUCGCCCGCAAAUUGGAAGACUGGCUACACAACGCGCUGGAUCAGCUACCAGAGUCCCUCCGCAACAGCAAAUUCACAAUGGCAAGGUAUUUCUCCCGGCUUAUCCAGCGCCAGGCAUCUCUGAACCACCUUUGCCAGGCCUCCAAGGGCACGAUCCAGACUUGUGACGUCGCCUCUCAAAUGGCUGAUGAUUGGUCCCUGCUAGACUUACGGCCGAUACAAAGGCAGACGCUCUAUGCCGUUCAAGAAAUGGGGCCUGAACCUCCGCUGGCCGAACUUUGUGUCGAAUUUGGCUGCCUUCUCGACGAGCAAUCCUCUCUCGAUACCUACACCAACUGGCUGGAUACUCUUCUCCUGAAAUGUGUUGAGAAGCAACCACAAGGUCAAGGGUCAAGCAGUGUAUGUCAAAGGGCAAGGCGGUUCAUGCUCAUCUGGUCCUGCUUCAGUACAAAGGUCAUGAGAGAUAUGACGCUUCACAGCUCCCCGAGUUUUGGUUCUUUUCAUCUUCUCCACAUGACGCUGGACGAGUACAUUCACUAUAAGAUGGAGCUGAUCCACACGCAGGAGCGGGCGGACAGCCUGCUGCGCCGGCUUAAAGGAGAAACGGAGGAAGCGUUAGAAAGCGAUGAGAUUUUAUCUUUGAGACCAGAGAGGAGACUGGCGACAAAGAACUCUAUCCAAACACCGUAUCAGCGUCAGUAUAGUGUCGAAACCUGUCAAUCGCCUGAUGCCAGCAGCCUGUCAUCCAACUGCGACUUCACGACGUGCUCGGGCCACCCUGGAAUAAACUCAAGCUACACGGCAUGCCUGAAUUCACAUAGUCCAUCCCACGUGUCUUCCAUGCAGGCGUCACAGCAGGGGUCACAUCUGUUGAGUCUCGGCGAGUUUGGCGACUACACCCCUCUUACGCUUUAUAGCUCAGAAAAUAGUGCUUUCUCGCCUGUUACAAGUACUGACAGUCCGAAUUCUGAGAUUCCGUAUCAAAGCAACGCAGCAUUUCUUCAAGACACUCCGCACAAUCACCAGUUUUUUGAGAGAUCAGCCUUCGCGUCCAGUUACUACCAAGACAGUGGAGUCUACAGGAACGACGCCCAAAGAAACCUGUGCCGUGACUGUGACCCCACGCUGACGUCGAGGGCAAAAUUUCAAGACCAGGCACAGCCUGCGGGAGCCAGAUGCAGGCAACUGUAUCUGGCUCCAGCUCUGCAGAAGGAUGCAGCCAGCUGCGUUUUGGAGGGUCAACAACCGGUGUCAGACUUCCCCUAUCAUUACAACGACCGGGAGUUCCACCAUUUUGGAAGCUUCGAUCGCUUUCAGGAGCCACUGCACACGCCACAUCAUGCAAAUGAAAACAGACACUAUGGUUCAUCAUUAUGCAGUUGAGACUGCAUGUCAUUAUAAAAACACAGCAUGGUUUGAGGGGAAGAAGUGGGAAUUACUGGUCCCCUUCGCGUCUGGAGGUAGUCAAGCUGACCUGCACCGUUACUUUACUUGUACCCAUAGACGCCAUUGUUGUUUCUCAGCUGUUAAAAUUCCAUGUAAUGAUAGUGAAGUGCAGAUGUGCAUAGAAAUAGG